GCGACUCGAACCUCUCCCUCAAACGCCCAACAUGCGCAUAGAAGAACUCGUCCUCGAAGGCUUCAAGUCGUAUCCUGUACGAACUCAGAUAACGGGCUGGGAUUCCUCCUUCAACGCGAUCACCGGUCUCAAUGGCUCCGGCAAGUCCAACAUCCUCGACGCGAUAUGUUUCGUUCUGGGUAUCACCAACAUGUCCUCAAUGCGCGCGCAAAACCAGCAGGACCUCAUUUACAAGCGUGGGCAAGCAGGCAUCACAAAAGCAAGUGUCACCAUCGUGUUCGACAACUCUGAUCGCUCGACUAGUCCUGUCGGACUGGAGAACUGUAAGCAAAUUACUGUUACGCGCCAGAUCGCUCUUCCGAACAUAUCUAAAUACCUCCUCAACGGACACAAGUCCCAGCAACACACCAUUCAGACCCUAUUUCAGAGCGUGCAGCUCAACAUCAACAACCCUAACUUCCUGAUCAUGCAAGGGAGGAUCACCAAGGUACUCAACAUGCGGCCACAAGAGAUUCUCGGCAUGGUGGAGGAGGCCGCAGGCACACGCAUGUUCGAAGAACGGAAGGACAAGGCCAAGAAGACAAUGGGCAAGAAGGAGAAGCGCGUGCAAGAGAUCACCUCGCUCCUCGCGGAAGAGAUCGAGCCGAAGCUCGACACCCUGCGAGAGGAGAAGCGUUCUUUCUUGCAGUGGCAGAAGUCGUGCUCGGAGCUAGAGCGCAUCGGGCGCGUGUUGCGUGCAUGGGAGUGGACGGAGGGUCAUGAACGCGUAGCGAAGAAGGAGGCGGAGAUUCAGGCGAAGGAGAAGGAGACGAAGAGUGUGAAGAAAGGGAAGGAGCGUUGCGGGAAGGAGAUCGAAGCUGCCGAGAGGGAUGCCAAGGAGGUUGAGGCUCAGCGGGAGAAGGAGCUCCGCAAGGGGGGCAAGUUCAAACAGCUCGAGGAUGAGGUCGCAGAGUUGGGGAAGGUCCUCGUGAAGAUCAAGACUCAGGUCGAGAUCAAGAUGGGCACCAUCACAGACGAGGAAGAGAGAAUCAAGGAGCUAGAGAACGAGCUCGCCGAGUUGACAGAAAACCUCGCUCAGAAGAAAUCUCAGGUCGAGGAGUUGACGGCAGCACAUUCGAACGUGAAGGAUACGCAGACAGCGCUGCAGACGGCUCUUACGAACUCAGAAGAGCUGUUACAGACACUGCUCACGGGUUUGACAUCCAAAGGAACAAGCAACUCUGGCGGUGGCUACAUGGGGCAGCUCGCAGACGCGAAGGCCCGACUGGCGCAGGCCAACACCGAAGAAGAGCAGGGCAAGCAGAGGCUUGUCAUGAGUCAGAAAGAGCUCAAGACGUUAGAGUCGCGGUGGAAGGAGGUCGAGCGCGAAGCAGGUGAAGGGCAGAAGCGGCUCAAGGCCAUGCAAGCCGAAGUCGAGAGUUUCCGGAGCAAGGUCGCCCAGGCUGGAUGGAGCCAGGAGAAGGAGCAUGAAGGCGAGCUAGCGCUGAGAAACGCCAAAGCGGAAGUCCGGCAGGUGACGGAGGACCGUGAUAGAGUGAGGAAUCGAGUGUCAAACUUGGACUUCGAGUUCACUUCACCGUCACCGAACUUCGACCGCACCAAAGUCAAGGGCCUUGUAGCGAACCUCGUCUCCUUGAGGCAGGAGGAUUAUAACAAAUCUACCGCUCUCGAGAUCACAGCAGGUGGUAGGCUUUAUAACGUAGUCGUGGCCACCGAGCAGGUCGGCAAGGAGCUUUUGCAGAACGGUCGGCUGAAGAAGCGCGUUACUAUCAUCCCGUUGAACAAGAUCGAUAGCCGCACGAUAUCUGCCUCAAAAGUCCAAGCCGCAAUGAGACUUGCCCCUGGCAAAGUUCGUCUCGCCAUGGAGCUCGUCGGUUAUCCUGAUGAAGUCGCCAACGCCAUGGCAUUCGUGUUCGGCAAUACCCUCAUCUGCGACGAUGCGGAGUCUGCCAAGCUGGUGACCUUCUCUCGAGAAUUAGGUGGCGUCCGAUCUGUAACCCUCGAUGGCGACGUCUACGACCCCUCGGGCAUGCUCAGUGGUGGUUCGGCGCCAAGUGGCAACGGCACUCUCAUCAAGGUUCAAGAAUUACUGGAAGUCGAGGGCAAGCUAGGUGAGGCGCGUGGCCGGCUUCAGAUACUCGAACAGCAAGAGCAACGGGACAGGGCAGGCCGAGAGAAGUGGAAGAGUCUUGCACGGGAGCUUGAGAUCAAGGAGCAUGAAAUGCGACUCCUUGAGGAGCAAGUCGGUGGCAGCAACGCGGCGAGGGUUGGCGCUGAGGUCGAGAAGAUGAAGGCCAACAUCGCAGAGCUCGCUGCUGCAGUAGAGACCGCGAAGCAGAAGCAGAAAGACGGCAAGGAUGAGAUCAAGAAGCUCGAGAGGGAUAUGGACGAGUUCAAGAACAACAAAGAAGGAAAGAUUGAGGAAUUAAAGGCCGAUGUGUCGAAGCAGAAAGCAGCUCUCCAGAAACACUCAGUGACGGUGAAGACCCAGCAGAAGGAACUUCAAACCGCCUCCUUGGAGCUUGAGCAACUUGAAAAGGAUAUUGAGUCCUCAAACGAGAAUAUCGCUGAAGCACGAGCUGGCGUGGACAAGCUUGGACGAGAGUUGGAGAAACUCAAGAAAGAGCUGUCGAAGAGCGAGGACUCCUUCAAGAAGGCAGAACGGAAGCUGCAGGAGGAACGUGCUACCUUGUCGCGUUUCGACAACGAGAUCAAGGAGCUCGAGCGUGUGGUGAAGGAGAAGAAACAAGCCAUCGUGGACGCGGAUUUGCAACUGAAGAAACUUGAACACGACUUGCAGGCCCUUGCGAAAGAGAAGACGGCCGCUACCAACUUCAUCGCCAACCUGGAGAAACAGUACGACUGGAUUGUUGAAGAGCACGAGUCUUUCGGCAAACCCGGCUCUCAGUAUGACUUCACGGACGUCGACAUCAAUCGCCUGAGAGAGAAGGCGAAGGAGAUCGAGUCGCAACAGAAGGGCAUGAAGAAGAAAAUCAACCCGAAGGUCAUCAAUAUGAUCGAUACCGUCGAGAAGAAAGAAGCGGCGCUGAAGAAGAUGCUCGGAACUGUACUGAAGGAUAAAGAGAAAAUCGAACAGACCAUUGAAGAGUUGGAUCGCUACAAACGUGACGCUUUGGAGAAGACAUGGAGUAAAGUGAAUGGUGACUUUGGUGGCAUAUUCGCUGAAUUGUUGCCGGGGAACUUUGCCAAGCUGCAACCUCCGGAAGGCCAAGAUCUAACGCAAGGCCUCGAGGUUAAGGUACAACUAGGCUCGGUCUGGAAGCAAAGUCUCACAGAGCUAAGCGGUGGACAGCGUUCGCUCAUCGCACUUUCCCUCAUCAUGUCGCUACUGCAGUUCAAGCCCGCCCCGAUGUAUAUCCUCGACGAGAUCGACGCCGCGCUCGAUCUCUCUCACACGCAGCACAUCGGGCAACUCUUCCGGACAAGGUUCAAGGGCUCGCAGUUCAUUGUAGUUUCGCUCAAGGAGGGACUGUUCACGAAUGCGAACGUGCUCUUCCGAACGAGGUUCCGCGACGGCACCUCGAUCGUCGAACGCACUGCACAGCGGUCGACCUCUUCACUCUACUCAGCAGGAGAUGGCGAAGACGACGAUGGGCGAGCACCGCGGCGCGUGCGUGCUGGACGGUAGUGUUGUGUGAGCAUAUGUACUCUGUAGCUUGUGUUGUAUUGUUUCCUGUUCUACUAUCCUCCUGGUGUAUCGCUUGCCCCGUAACUUAUUGAUAUUGGCGGUUGUGUUGGCUCUUAG